AGUAACCUCCCUGUACAGCUCAGCCGCUCUAUCUAUAAAAGGAACUCCGGUUUAAAAACCUUAGCUUUUUUUUUUCUCUCCAAGGCAGAGAGGGGGAGACACUGUGCUGGGGAGGCUGCCAAGCCAUAUCCACACAGCACAUUAAGGAAAAAGCAUCAGUUCUGCACUGUCCGGACUGGGAGAUACAUGAAAGAAGUUGUAUGAGUCGCACCGUUGACUGAAGGAGCUUAACCCCAGUAUCUGGACCUGAGCAUUCUAGAACUCAUCUGCAGACUGAAGAUAAAGAAGGGGGCCAAAGUUAAUGAACAACUUAAAAUCCUUAGAGCUGCCAUAUCCUCUGCCUCAGCUGCAGAGUUGAAGCAGUCUACACACUAAGGGGGACAAUGACUUACUGUACCCAGCUGGGUCUCCUGCUCUGGAAGAACUUUACCUACAGGAGAAGGCAGACGCUUCAACUAAUUGUAGAAGUUGCCUGGCCUCUUUUCAUCUUCUUUAUCCUAAUCUCUGUGCGACUUUCAUAUCCUCCCUACGAGCAACAUGAAUGUCAUUUUCCAAACAAGGCAAUGCCUUCUGCAGGAACCUUACCUUGGGUUCAGGGCAUUGUUUGCAACGCCAACAAUCCGUGCUUCCGUUACCCAACGCCAGGAGAGACUCCGGGAAUGGUUGGGAAUUUCAAUAAAUCCAUAGUCUCCCGUUUGUUCUCGGAUGCAAAGAAGUUGCUUUUAUACAGCCAGAAAGACACAAGUGUGAAAGACAUGCACAAAUUCAUUGGGAAUCUGCACAAAUUUCAGGGCACAGGUUUAAAACUUCGGGAUUGCUUAAUGGAUGAUGAAAAAUUCUCAACAUUUCUGCAUCAAAACAUAAGCAUGCCUACCAUUGUGGUUGAGGAGAUAAUGAAUGCAAACCUCAAGCUGGAACAGGUCUUGGUGUCUGGAUUUCAAAUACGUUUGAAGGAUCUAUGCAAUAGCUCCCGGCUGGAAGAAUAUGUAACUAUUCACAAUGAAGAUGUAGCCAGACUCAGCCAAGCAGUGAUCUGUGCACUUCCUGAGGAGAAACUUAAUCUUCUGGAGCAUGAAUUCCGUUCUAACAUUGACCUUCUAAAGCCUAUUACAAAAGAGAUGUCAUCAAAGUCUUUCCCUGUGCUAAAAGAGGUUACAGAGAACUUGUUGGAAAGUUUGGGACAACUUGCCAAAGAGGUGACAACGAUGAAAAGCUGGGUGGACAUGAGAGAGGAAGUGAUGUUUCUCACCCAUGGAAAUGCCACAUCGUCACCGGGGCAGUUGUAUCAGGCAGUCUCACGUAUUGUGUGUGGACAUCCAGAGGGAGGAGGAUUAAAGAUCAAAUCCCUGAAUUGGUAUGAAGAUAAUAACUACAAGGCACUGUUUGCAGGAAUCGAUGGAGGAGGAGACAAUGAGACUGAGGAAGAUUCACAGAUGAUGUAUGACAAUUCCACAACACCCUAUUGCAAUGAUCUGAUGAUGACCCUGGAGUCAAGCCCUUUAUACAGGAUGAUUUGGAGAGCCCUGAAGCCUUUACUCGUAGGCAAGAUCCUUUAUACGCCAAACACUCCAGUCACGCAAAUGCUAAUGGCUGAGGCCAACAAAACGUUCCAAGAAUUCAGCGUGUUCCGUGAUCUUGGUGGCAUGUGGGAAGAGGUUCGGCCGCAGAUUAAGAAAUUCAUGGAAGACAGCCAAGAAGUGGACCUUAUCAGGACGUUUCUGACUAAUAAAGGCAGCAAACACUUCUUGGAUCGUCAGCUUAACUCAACAGGAUGGACAACUGAAGAUCUCUCUAGAUUCCUGGCCAAACAGCCUAGAGAUGAGUCAGAGGAUAGUGGAUCUUAUUAUACCUGGAGGGAGGCCCUCAAUGAAACCGACCGUGUUAUUUUAACCAUGUCAAGAUUUAUGGAGUGUGUCAACUUAGACAAGUUAGAACCUGUGGAUUCUGAAGAUCAACUCAUCGCCAAAUCAUUGGAACUUCUCAAUGAAAGGAAGUUCUGGGCAGGUGUGGUCUUCAUGGACAUUCCGUCUGAUAGCACAGAGCUCCCUCACCACAUCAAGUAUAAAAUCAGAAUGGACAUUGAUAACGUGGAGAGAACAAACAAAAUUAAGGAUGGUUACUGGGAUCCUGGUCCUCGUGCAGAUCCAUUUGAAGACAUGCGCUAUGUCUGGGGAGGCUUUGCUUAUCUUCAAGAUGUUGUUGAACAGGCCAUUAUUAGAUUGCAAACAGGGACAGAAAAAAGAACUGGCGUUUACGUACAGCAGAUGCCAUACCCGUGCUAUGUAGAUGAUAUAUUUCUACGUGUCAUGAGCCGAUCUCUGCCGUUGUUUAUGACCUUGGCAUGGAUUUAUUCAGUUGCUGUGAUCAUUAAAGGGAUUGUGUAUGAGAAGGAGGCCCGUUUGAAGGAGACUAUGAGGAUUAUGGGGCUGGAUAAUGGCAUUUUGUGGCUAAGUUGGUUUAUCAGCAGUCUCAUACCUCUUCUCAUGAGUGCCGGCCUCUUGGUCAUGAUCCUAAAGGUGGGCAAUCUGCUGCCAUACAGCGACCCGAGCGUGGUCUUUGUGUUCUUAUCUGUCUUUGCGGUGGUGACCAUAUCCCAGUGCUUCCUCAUAAGCACUAUAUUUUCCAGAGCCAACCUGGCUGCUGCCUGCGGUGGCAUCAUCUAUUUUACUCUUUAUCUGCCCUAUGUGUUGUGCGUUGCUUGGCAAGACUACGUGGGCUUUACACUGAAGAUAUUUGCUAGCUUCCUGUCUCCAGUUGCUUUUGGAUUUGGCUGUGAAUUCUUUGCCCUCUUUGAGGAACAGGGAGUUGGAGCACAGUGGAGUAACCUCUUAGAAAGUCCUCUAGAAGAAGAUGCCUAUAACCUCACAACAUCAGCAUUCAUGAUGCUUUUCGACACUCUUUUGUAUGGAAUUAUGACCUGGUACAUUGAAGCUGUCUUUCCAGGUCAGUAUGGGAUUCCCAGAGCUUGGUACUUCCCAUUCACAAAGUCUUAUUGGUGCGGGGAAGAACCCACAGUAAUCCAUCACCCUCGAUCUUUGCAGAAGGGAUCAUCAGAAAUAUGCAUAGAAGAAGAGCCCAGCCAUCUUCAACUGGGGGUCUCCAUCCAGAAUCUGGUAAAGAUUUAUCGUAAUGGCAAAAAAGUGGCAGUGGAUGGUCUCUCCCUGAGCUUUUAUGAAGGGCAAAUCACUUCAUUUCUUGGGCACAAUGGAGCUGGAAAAACAACCACUAUGUCCAUACUAACAGGCUUGUUUCCACCAACCAUGGGGACGGCCUACAUCAUGGGUAAAGACAUCCGCACAGAACUAAGCUCUAUCCGUCAGAACCUGGGUGUUUGCCCUCAGCACAAUGUUCUCUUCGACAUGCUGACGGUGGAGGAACACAUCUGGUUCUACGCACGACUGAAAGGCCUCUCAGCAGAGAAGGUGAAAGCAGAGAUGGAACAGAUGGUGAUUGAUGUUGGUCUCCCCAACAAGAAAAAGGUUAAGACAAGUCAGCUGUCAGGUGGCAUGCAGAGGAAGCUGUCUGUGGCUUUGGCCUUUGUGGGUGGAUCGAAGGUUGUCAUUCUUGAUGAACCCACAGCUGGUGUUGACCCCUACUCUCGCAGAGGCAUUUGGGAUUUACUUAUUAAAUACAGACAAGGAAGAACUAUUAUCCUAUCAACACAUCAUAUGGAUGAAGCUGACAUCCUCGGUGAUCGGAUUGCCAUCAUCUCCCAUGGCAAGCUGUGUUGUGUGGGUUCCUCACUGUUCCUGAAAAAUCAGCUGGGCACUGGCUAUUACUUGACAUUAGUCAAGAGAGACACUGAUUCAUCCCUGAGUUCCUGUAGGAACAGCAGCAGCACUAUGUCUUAUCUGAAAAAGGAAAACGUCAGGCCUGCUCCCGCUCGCAAACAGCAGGAGAGCCCGAUGCUAGCAGCACCAUCAGGAGCGGGGACCUCAGAAGCGGUGAUUACUAAACAUAACAAACAUUCUACGAACCGGAAGAGAGCAGCCGAAGAUAGGGAGGACAGUGUGUCUCAGAGUAGCUCUGAUGCCGGACUGGGGAGUGACCAUGAAAGCGAUACCUUGACUAUAGAUGUCUCUGCCAUAUCUAAUCUUAUCAACAAGCAUGUGCAUGAUGCUCGCCUAGUGGAGGACAUUGGACAUGAAUUAACCUACGUGUUGCCCUAUGAAGCUGCCAAAGAAGGAGCCUUUGUGGAACUUUUCCAUGAAAUUGAUGAUCGUCUGACUGACCUUGGUAUUUCCAGUUAUGGCAUCUCAGAUACAACUUUGGAAGAGAUAUUUCUUAAAGUAGCUGAGGACACUGGUGUGGAUGUGGAAAUAUCAGAUGGAACCCUACCAGCUAGACGGAAGAGAUAUGCAUUUGGAGACCAUCAAAGCUGCCUUCGACCCUUUACAGAAGAUGACCCUUUUGAUGCCAACGAUUCUGACAUUGACCCAGAGUCCCGGGAGACAGAUUUUCUAAGCGGCAUUGACGGCAAGGGAUCCUAUCAGGUGAAAAGCUGGAAUUUAAUGAGGCAGCAGUUCACAGCCCUGUUGUGGAAGAGAUUACUUUAUGCAAAGCGCAGCAGAAAAGGCUUCUUUGCUCAGAUUGUGCUGCCGGCUGUUUUUGUUCUCAUCGCACUUUUGUUCAGCCUUAUUGUACCCCCAUUUGGUAAAUACCCCAGUCUUGAACUGCAGCCUUGGAUGUAUGAAGACCAAUAUACAUUUUUCAGCAAUGACGCCCCUGAGGAUCCCAGAACACAGGCUCUCCUGAACGCCCUCAUUGACAAACCAGGAUUCGGAACAGCUUGUAUGGAAGGAUAUUCUGUUCCGGAUGUUAGCUGCGUGGGUGGCGAAGAUGAAUGGAGUACUCAGUUUGUAACAAAGGAUGUGGAAGAGAUGUACAUGUAUGGCAACUGGACCAUGGAGAACCCUUCACCCCCAUGCGAAUGUAGUAAUGAUAGAAUCAAGAAAAUGCUUCCAGUCUGCCCACCAGGGGCUGGAGGACUGCCUCCAAUGCAGCGUAAACAAAACACCUCAGACACCAUACAAAAUCUUACAGGCAGGAACAUAUCCGAUUAUCUUGUGAAAACCUAUGCGCAGAUCAUUGGAAAAAGCUUGAAAAACAAAAUCUGGGUAAAUGAGUUCAGGUACGGAGGCUUUUCACUGGGUGCAAGCAGCACUCCGGCACUGCCUUCAAGUGAAGAAGUUACAGCUUCCAUAAAUCACAUCAAGAAGCACUUGGAAUUUUCAAAGAAUGGUGCCGCCCACCGCUUUCUUGAUAGUUUUGGAACCUUCAUGAAAGGCCUUGAUGCGAAAGACAAUGUCAAGGUAUGGUUCAAUAACAAGGGCUGGCAUGCUAUCAGUGCAUUUCUGAAUGUGAUGAACAAUGCCAUCUUGCGCUCCAACCUACUCGAGGGCGAGGAUCCUGCUUCUUAUGGAAUUACCGCCUACAACCACCCUCUGAAUCUGACCAAGGAGCAGCUGUCUGAAGUUGCACUGAUGACCACAUCGGUGGAUGUCUUGGUUUCCAUUUGUGUCAUAUUUGCCAUGUCAUUCGUGCCAGCUAGUUUUGUAGUGUUUCUAAUCCAGGAGAGAGUAACCAAGGCAAAACACAUGCAGUGCAUAAGCGGAGUGAAGCCAGUCAUCUAUUGGCUGGCCAACUUUGUCUGGGAUAUGUGUAAUUAUGUGGUACCAGCUACCUUGGUCAUCAUUAUAUUCAUCUGUUUCCAGCAAGACUCUUAUGUCUCUUCUACCAACUUACCUGUGCUAGCUCUCCUGCUCCUAUUGUAUGGUUGGUCCAUCACUCCACUGAUGUAUCCUGCCUCAUUCUUGUUCAAGAUCCCCAGCACAGCCUAUGUGGUGCUUACCAGUGUAAACCUUUUCAUCGGGAUUAAUGGAAGUGUGGCCACUUUUGUGCUUGAACUCUUUACCAAUAAUAAACUAAGCAACAUCAAUGAAAUCCUAAAGUCAGUGCUGCUGAUCUUCCCUCACUUCUGCUUGGGAAGAGGACUCAUUGAUAUGGUGAAAAACCAGGCUAUGGCAGAUGCUCUUGAAAGAUUUGGAGAAAACCGUUUUGUCUCUCCCAUGUCCUGGGAUCUGGUUGGACGGAACCUUUUUGCUAUGGCCGUGGAAGGAGUGGUGUUUUUUGCUAUUACCCUGCUGAUCCAAUAUCGUUUCUUCAUUAAACCAAGGCCAGUGACUGCAAAGCUUCCCCCUUUGAUAGAUGAGGAUGAAGACGUGGCAAGGGAGCGGCAGAGGAUAGUAAAUGAAGGAGGACGGAGUGACAUAUUGGAAAUUAAAGGACUGACUAAGAUCUAUAGAAUGAAGAGGAAACCAGCUGUGGACAGGUUGUGUGUGGGCAUUCCUCCAGGAGAAUGUUUUGGGCUUCUUGGAGUCAACGGUGCAGGCAAAACCACUACUUUCAAGAUGCUCACAGGAGACACUGAUGUGACUGCUGGAGAAGCAUUCCUGAGCGGACAUAGUAUCCUGUCCAACAUGCAAGAAGUCCACCAGAACAUGGGAUACUGUCCACAGUUUGAUGCCAUAAAUGAGCUGCUAACCGGAAGAGAACAUCUGGAGUUCUAUGCUCUGUUGCGUGGAGUGCCCGAGAGAGAGGUUUGCAAGGUUGCCGAAUGGGCAGUGCGUAAACUAGGCCUCGUGAAGUAUGCAGAAAAAUGUGCCGGAAACUACAGUGGGGGAAACAGGCGCAAACUAUCUACAGCCAUUGCAUUGAUUGGAGGGCCUCCUGUGGUAUUUUUGGAUGAACCUACUACCGGUAUGGAUCCCAAAGCUCGACGCUUUCUAUGGAAUUGCGCACUGAGCAUCAUUAAAGAGGGAAGAUCGGUUGUUCUCACCUCUCACAGUAUGGAGGAGUGUGAAGCCCUCUGUACGAGAAUGGCCAUAAUGGUUAAUGGGCGGUUCAGGUGUCUUGGGAGUGUCCAGCAUCUAAAGAACAAGUUUGGCGAUGGCUAUACCAUAGUAGUGCGCAUAGCAGGCACCCAUCCAGACCUGAAACCUGUAGAAGACUUCUUUAGUCAUGCCUUUCCAGGUAGUAUGUUAAAGGAGAAACAUCGAGGAAUGCUUCAGUAUCAGCUACGUUCUUCCCAAUCCUCUCUGGCCAGGAUAUUUAGCAUCCUCUCCAAGAACAAAAAAAGACUUCACAUUGAAGAUUACUCCGUCUCUCAGACAACACUUGACCAAGUAUUUGUUAACUUUGCCAAGGACCAAAGUGAUGACGAUCUCAUGAAGGACCUGUCAUUACACAAAAAUCAGACUGUUGUAGAUGUUGCUCUCCUAACAUCUUAUCUACAAGAUGAGAAGGUAAAAGAAAGCUAUGUAUGACCAGCCAAAAUGGUGAAGCACAGAGGAUAUUCGUUGACACUCUCCCUUGGCUUCGGAUGGAACGUGAGUGCCAGGGAGGAACAUUUCCAGGAUCUGCACUGGGAGGCAAUUGUAUACUGGACACAACAGUGCUACCACUCAAUGCAAUGCAAAUCAAUGCAAUGACAAACAGAAUUCCAUUACAGAGGCCUUGCCUCAUUUAUUGCCUUGUUGUACUGUACUCAAGUAGAAGACUUGAACAGAGACGUAAACAGUAUGACAAUAUGAAUCUGUAGGGUUGCACCCACUGGAUGUUGCCCUAUUGUGGGUUUGAUACAAUAGCUAUUACAUACAGUUUUAGGGUUGUUGUUUUUUGUUAUCUGGGAUCGCAACAAUCUUUCUUACCACUGAGAAAUCAUGACCAGUGACUAUUUAUUAAUGUUUUGGGGAUUUUACAUGUGUAUUGUGUAGAUGAAAACCAAAUAUGGUGUAUCCUGUACCGAUGGACUUAGUAUUGCCACUCUAUUGGUGAAGUACGGCGGUGCAGAGAAUAAUGAACAUUUAUGUUGUCAACCUCUCCUGUUAGUCAUGGAUACAGUUUUUAAGUGUUCACUUAUUUCAAUCCCACAUUUUAUUUUAGUAACAAACAGUGGGAUGUCACAUAGUAGCAAUAAAUAAAUGCAAAUAAGUGGCAUUUGAUUCCAAGCCGUAGAUUGCACACUAGAAGAAGUGUAAAACCAAUGUAUCCAGCUUUUGUAUUAUCUUAAAAAAUGUAUUACAAAUUCAGGUUUUUCUACCCUCCGUUAAAUUUCCCCAAAAAGUUUUAAAUAAAAUAACAUUUAAAAAAAAAAUCAGAAAUUUAGGUUUUAGUGUUCUGUUCUUAGAUGCCAUGUACAGUACAUCAUUUAUUACCUUAACAUUUUUUCUUCUUACUGCAAUUUAUUGCAAGUUAUUGUUUGAAAACGUUGUUUUUCGUAGCAUUGUUACAUGUGUAUUUUGGCGGUGGCAUUUAAAUUUUUUUUUUUUGCAAUUCCUAGAUUUUAUUUGUGCCUUUAGAACCCUUUCUAAUAUUUAGUUAAUCUCAAAUAACAUGUGUUUCCUCAUUUGCAUUACUAUGGAAUCACUCAUAUUGACUUUCCAGGAUCGCGGAGAUAAGACGGUGUGGCAAAACACCUCUUUCUUCAGCAUGUGCAAAGGAUCAGAUUUGGGAGGUAAUAAGACUUGCACUUUGAUUAGAUAACUGAUCAGCGUAUGUUGGGUUAGGUGAUAUUUUCAAUAUAAGUCAAUAUUUUUGCCAGCAACCUUGAAACUUUUUCACUUAAAGUCACAUUGCUUGUAAAACAAUCCAUGCCAAAACAAAAGCUCUCCUAUAUCACAGUUCUAAUAAUUUGAUCAUUUGAUUUUUAGUUCCACUGGGGUAAGAGAUACUUAAAAUUGCAACUUUAAAUAUCCACUAUUUCACUGAAACUGUUACUUGACAUCUUAUUUAAAUACAUCACUGUGGACUAUGCACGUAUGCUGUGUUAUGCUACAGUUCAUGGUGAUGUUGUUGAAUGUGCUAUCUAUUUUAGAUUGCAUUUAGUAUGGGGCUUCCUGUUGUACUCCAUAUUUCAACUAUACACUAAACAGUACACCGACUAUUAUUCAAAUAUGAAAGAUUAAAAAAAGAUAAACAAAUUUGGACUACUAAGGUUAUUUUAUUGUUUUGUUGGUUGUUUUCAUAGUCCAGAGUGUGUCUGUUUUGGUGCUAUUUAUUGAAGAAAAGACCACUUUUUUUUAGUAAUUUUAGACAUUUUUUAAAAUAGAUUUUUCAACCAAAUAUGUCAGGAUUAUGGAACUCUAACUGAACCUUCUGGUAAAUUAUUUUGCAUAAUGCUUCAUGGACUUCUUGUUUAGAAGUAAUGAAUAAGUCCAUGUUAUCUUUGAGGUUGCGGAAUUUAUUAUCACGAAAAUAUUUAAACCUUGGGUGUUCCAAAUUGGUGACCAACUUCUCAUCACACCCCUUUGGAGUGGAAGAGAUGGACAAUACUAUGGCCAUAUAUGCCCUAGUUUUUAUUUUUGUAUUUAUAAUUCACAGCCGAGUUGGCUGUUACAGAGUUGGAUACCUAGAAUGAAGAGUAUAUCCCAAACGUGUGGUCAGUAAUCCCGAGUCUCACAACAACCCUUGUGAUAGUGCUGUGGGAACUUGUUUUUUUUGUACUUUUCAAUACAAUUAGGAUUUAUUUUUACUUCAGUCUAUGCAACAACCAAUUAGGAGUCCCCAAUCUUCCAUUUCCUUUAACGACAAAACAAAUGUGUAGAAUUAACUCUAUGUUUGUACCUUAGUCAAGUUUACUCAUUUUAAUGUGAUUGGGCCAGCUAGAAAUAAUUAAGGGCAGGCCAUUUGUGGUUUAUCAAUGAAGAAAGGCCCUCCAUAAUGUGCCUAAAUCUAUCUAAUGGAUGAAGCGUUUAGGUGAUUAUACCUAUACCUCGUUGAACAAGCUCCCCAUGCAUCUCUGACGGUUGCAACAUCAUAGGUACAUAUUACACAAUCAUUUUCGUUCCACAUGUUUUACCUAAAAAUCCAUGAUGUGCAAACAAGAGAUGAUGUUGUGCCUGUGAUUUUUGGUUUCUGGAAGCACAGACAGCCAGUUACUUCUUCAUAUAGGACCGCGGACUAACAGCUUGGAAACCUGCCAUUUGCUGCUAGGCCCUUGAACCCUAACCUGUGUGGUUUAAGAAUGAUAAACCAAGAUUUCAAACAGCGGCCAUGCUGCCACUUUCUUGUGGUGAUAUCCAGACACUUUGUGCCACAGUGUGUCUACCUACAGAGAAAGGCCAUAGCUAGGACAGAAGCUUUACUUGUGGUUGCAUCCAAUUGUAUAACUUGUUGUAGCUGUUGUGGACAAAACAUUUCUCCCAUAUGAUGUGAUGUUUUUAUGCAAUGUGUUUCAACAUGCUCGGUCCUUCAUUCCAAGCACUUUAAGCUGUCUUUAAUGGGAUCUAUUUUUGCACUGGAAUACCCAUUGAUGUUGCAAAAACAAGACAGAAUAUAUAUUAAAAAAGGUUUUUUACAUUAGUUAACUUUCUGUGUUAAAUCCUUCAGUUGAAUUUUCCAUAACUGAAAAAUAAAUAUUUGUAUUGUCAUUAACUGUUUAAGUAUUAAAUUGUAUAGGCAUAGAUCUAUGUUAAUUGCCUUGUAUUAUGUCACAUAAAUAAAAUUUGUGGCACAAGA